CAGUCUCCCCUCCUGCUCCACCCUAGCGCCAGGCAGCCAGAGAGAACUACAACUCCCAGCAUGCUCCGGGCCUCUCCUUCCCCCCGCCCCCUGCUGGGCUGAGUGGUGUUUUUGUUGUUGGUAAAAGGUUAGUGGAACAGCUGAUUGCUCUGUAGGAGGAUGGAGGAGGUAUCUCCUAGCAAGUCACAGGCACAGCCUCACCCUACCAUGGCCUUCCUCAACGUGGCCCGCACCUACGUGCCCAACACCAAGGUCGAGUGUCACUACACCCUGCCCCCCAGCAUGAAGCCGUCAGCCCGCGACUGGAUCGGGAUAUUCAAGGUGGAGGCCUCAUCCGUGCGGGAUUACUACACCUUCGUGUGGUGUGUGGUGCCCGACGGAGGCGCGGAGGGGGCGCCCGUCCAUUCCAGCGUCCAGUUCCAUGCCAGCUACCUGCCCAAGCCAGGGGCCCAGCAGUACCAGUUCCGCUAUGUGGAUCGCCGUGGCGAGGUGCGCGGCCAGAGCAGCCCCUUCCAGUUCCGCGAGCCCCGGCCCAUGGACGAGCUCGUCACGCUGGAGGAGGAUGACGAGGGCAACAUGGACAUGUUGCUGGUGGUGCCCAAAGCCACCCUGCUGCAGAACCAGCUGGAGGAGAGCCAGCAGGAGCACAGCAGGCUGCUGCGAGAGAAGCUGCGGCUGGAGGAGGAGGUGAAGGAGCUGCAGGCCCGGAUCGAGCAGCUGGAGGAGGCUCUGGGCACCAUGCGGGAUGAGCACACCAAGCUGGCGGAGCAGUACAAGGAUCUCUCGAGCUCCCAUGCAGCUGUGAUGGAGGAGCGGGACGCGCUGAGCCGGCAGCAGGCGGGACAGCUGGCCCGCAUCCAGGAGCUGGAGGAGGACGUUCAGGCCCUGAGCGAGAAGGUGCUGCAGAAGGAGGUGGAGUUGGACAGGAUGAAGGACACGGUGAAGUCCCUGGUGCGGGAGCAGGAGCAGAUCCACCACCAGCUCAAGGAGGAGAACACCGAAAAGGAGCAUUACCAGGUCAAGCUGCAGGCCUCGGAGCAGGAGAGCCGGAACCUGGCUUGCGACCUGCUGCUGGCCAAGACCCGGCACAGCGAGAAGGUGUCGCAGGCCCUGGUGCUGCAGGAGGACAUCAGCAAGCUGCAGCAGAAGCUGGCAGCCGCACAGCAGAGGACGGCCCAGCUGGAAGCGCUGUGUGAGCAGCUUCGCUCCACCCAGGACCUCCUUGCUGCCAGCCAGCAGAAAGUGGUGCUGCUGGGGGAGGAGUUGGCCAGCGCCUCCUCCAUCCGGGACCGGACCAUCUCAGACCUCCACAAGAGCCGGCUGGAGUCAGCCGAAACCAACAUCAAGCUGGCAGACAUGACCCUGAAAUGGAAGGAGGGGAAAGGCCAGUGGUGGAAGGAGAAGAGCAACCUGCUGCAGAGCAUAGAGGCGGAGAAGGACAAGAUCCUGAAGCUGAGCGCCGAGGUGCUGAAGCUGGAGAAGAACCUGCAGGAGGAGCGAGCCCAGAAGCAGGCGCUGAAAUCUGAACUGUCCCACGAGAGGGACUCCAGCCUGGUGCAGCUGUCGGAGAGCAAGCGGGAGCUCAAGGAGCUGCGCGCGGCCCUGAAGGUGGCUGAGAAGGAGAAGGAGCAGCUCCAGGAGGAGAAACAGGAGCUGCUGGAGUACGCCCGCAAGCUGGAGGAGCGGCUGGAGAAGGUGGCCGACGAGAAGUGGAGCGAGGUGACGGCGGCCGAGGAGGAGGAGGCAGCGGCCACAGCGCUGAGCUCCCUGGACUCCCCACUCUCGGACUCGGAGGACGAGUCCCCCGAGGACAUGAGGAUCCACACCCAGCUCAGCCCCUACAGCCUGUGCGACAACCGGGCAGGCACCAAGACCCCGCCGUGCCUGCGGGAGCCCAUGCACAAGGUGGUGAUCAGCCAGCCCGCCCCCAUCACCACCCAGAUCAAGCAGCCCACCGAGGACAACAGCUCCGACUCAGAGGCGGAGGACGAGAAGGCCGUGCUGAUGGCGGCUGUGCGGAGCGGAGGGGAAGAGACCAGUCUGCUGCUGCCCGAGCUGGGCAGCGUCUUCUAUGAGAUGGCCAGCGGCAUCACCGGCCGCCAGCCGUCAGACCCGGGCCCUUGCGGGAUGGGCGCCUCCCCGCUGGACCUGCCCGCGUCCCCCGGCCUGUGGAAGGAGUGCCCCAUCUGCAAGGAGCGCUUCCCCCUGGAGUGCGACAAGGAGGCACUGGAAGAGCACGUCGACAGCCACUUCUUCUUCAGCGCCCACGACCCCUUCGCCUUCGAGUGAUGCCCCCGUCGCCCCCACCUCUCCCUGCCCCCCAGCCUCUCCCCAGACCCUCCUGUCAGGCACUGCCAGCCCGGCUCACCCCCUAGGAGCCACACAAGGGUGCCUUGGCUCCCCCGAUCCCUGGGGAGCGAUUUACACCCCCCCCCCGCCCUCCCUGGCAUCCGAGAGCAGGGAGUGAAUGGGGGGGCUGGGCACUAGCGCCCCAUAGUGGCUGUUCCCAGGCAGAUCUGUAGGCCUGAGAUCUCCAGCCCCCACCCUGCUGCCUUAGGGUAAAAUAGGGCGAGUUGCUCCCACCUCCCAAAUAUGGGGUUCAGCCACUGCAGAUGCUGAGCGCUCAUCAGUUGGAGUGGAGGGGGGGCAGGCUCACACACCCCUUGGCUGGGGGGCUCUGUGUCAGGGCAAUAGGAAUCCCCGGAGGGGGUGCCCCAACUCCCAUCUGCCUCCUGGUACUUGGGCCUGUUGCUUAGGGCUGGGGAAGGCUCGCUGGGGGGUGGGGUUCGAGCUGGGGGGCUGCCCUAGGGACACACUGUCUUCUCCCCAAUGUUUCCCCUUGGGCUCCAGACGCAAAGUGUUGGGAACUGCUGUGCACCGGAUUUUGGAAGGUACAGGGGGUGGAGGAGCAGUGCAGAAAAGGCAAGGCCAGGUGGUCCCCUCUUGCACCCCCCCCCCCAGGUGAGGGUAGGCAGAUUUCCUGGGUCCCUCAAGGCUCUAGGUAGGUGCAGGAGGUCAGUGUGAGGAGAUUAGGGAAGGGGGCUGAGUGGGGUUAGGCUGCCUCAUAGUUCAGGCUAAAAGGGGCCUGGAUUUCCCCUCUCGUGGAUGCCCCAAGACCCCCCCCCCUCAGAUCCCAAAGACAGCUGCCCUGUGCUGCUCCCUGCCUAUGUGCCAGGGGUCCUGGCCCCACCCCCAGCUCCACUCCCCUGGGCCCAAUCAACUAGCCUUUGGGCCUCUGGCUGGGCUACUGGUUUCCAUGUCUGAGCUAGAGAAUUUUGCCGCUGUCUAUAAGGGUCUGUUCCCCCACGGGACUCAGUUUCCCUGGCUGCUAGACAAGGAGACUCAGCCCCCACCCCACUCACACCGUCCAUGGGCACCCAGCAGAGCCUGCCGCUUCUCAGCCCUGCAGACGCUGGCACGCACCAAGAGCCAGCCAAUAAUGCUGGGAGCGCACCGCUAACAACCACUGAUUUGUUAGACUGUCAACUGCAUAAAUAAUUGGCACAACAGGCCGUCCAUCGGCUCCUGCCGUUCGCCACCACCGCCUCCCACGCGGGGUUAACGGCCCGAGAGGGCCCACAGGACCCAGAGCCCCAUGCACCGAAACCCUUUCCUUCCCAGCGAUCUCAGGUAGGGGGUGGAAGUGGGGAAGGAUCAUGGGGAGGUGGGGCUGGGCCGGGCACUGGGUGGAGGGCACAGGGCAGCACCCAGGGUAUUGGGGGGCAAAGGGGGCUGAGCCCAGAGCUCUGUGUGUGUGGAUACACAUGCCCUGGGGGGAAGGGGGGGGGUGUACAUGGGGGUGAGUGGGUACACCAGGGUAUCAGUCCUAUCCCAGCCCAGGUUGGGGGCUGGAUUCCACCAGCUGCUUUUUCUGCCAAGCAGCCUCCUGGCCCCAGCAUCCCCUUGGCCUGGAAUUGAGCCACUCCCAGCCCCGGGCCUGAUCCCAAUCUCGUCUGCCCUGUGGGGUGCCCCAGGGAUCCCAGCCACCUGGGUGUAAAUCAGGAACGACUGCCAUGGCAUCAUCCAAACUUUGCACCAGCAUUUCCCAGGGCAGAACCAGGCCCUGGCUCUGUUGCAAUCUGCCCCUCCCCGUGGCCUCUGGGCCCCUGGGUAGUGACUAUGCCAGGUGCAGUAAGGGGGUGCACUGUGCCAGGAUGGGGAGGAGAGGUCCAAAGACCCACCUGGCCAACUUGAGAGCUGAUAGGGUCCCUGGGGCAUGGUGGGGAGGGGUGCACCAGCCCUGACAUGACAGCGGGGGGAGGAGGGGCACAGACCUCACAUGACCCCUGGGGAGACAACACAGGGAGGGUCACCAGCCCUGGCAUGACCCCUGGAUGGGACAGCAGGCAGGGCAGAGCCCUGACACUACCCCUGAAAUGGUUUUAUUUUCACCUUGUUUUUUAAACUGACUUGUCCAUUAUUACUAUUAUAAUUCUCCUGAUGCAGGGUGCCCGUCCGCCGGGUCUCUGCGUCUCAUAGCCGCUCGCUGUAGCAUGCUCAGUAAUUAGUGUUGAUUUGCAGUUGGUUUGCUUGAUUUCGGGGGGAGGGGGACAGUUCAAACCCCCACAACCCCCUUGUACAUACCCCCCCUUCGAUUAUUCUCAUUCACUUGCUUUUCGUAUUCACGGUUGCAAUUCCUUUUUUUUAUUAUUAUUUUUUUAAUAUAAUACUGUUGUGACUCUCCAUUUGUCCCCUUCUCUUCUUGAGGGGGAAGGAGAAAGAAGCCAGGCGUUCGGCUAGCCCCCAAAUUCUCAGUCAGUCGGCUGGGUGGGAUGAGAGUUCAUGAUUGUGCCUUUUGAAUGCAGGAGACGAGGCUGCUGUUUUGAUCACUGGUUUAUAGACGCUCUUUAUUUUGUAACUAACCGUGGUUGGUGAUUCUGAUGUAUCCAGCUGUUCCCUGCUUCUCCCCUAUCUCGUCCCCAGCCUGGGUUUUUUUUUUUAAGUUGUUGUUUUUUUAAUGUUCCCCCCCCACACACAAAAAAAGACAGCUAAGGUCCCCGAACGUCAGAGCAAUAAAAACCAAAGUAGCGUGCACACACACACACACACACACACACACACACACACACACGGCCCAUGUAUAGUGUGUAUAUAUAUUUAUAUUACAUGUCUUGGCUAUUCUAAUAAAAUCCGGUCUCUUCAAA